GGAAUCCGCAGGAGGCCCGGGAGGAGGCGGCCCCCGCAAGGGGGCGUGGUCAUGGGGGCGGGGCCGGAGGGGCCGUGAGCUUGCCAGGCUGGCCUCGUGGAUACUCUGGUGCUGUCUUUGCCUGUGCUUGUAUUUCCUAGGUAGGUGGAGUGAUUGUGGGUCGGUGUGAGCACCUGCGAGUGUGAACUCACGCGCGUGCGCGCGCGUGUCCACGCUGGUGGGCGCCCGCUCGCCCCGUGGGCGGGCGUGUAGGUGCAGCUAGUGUGCCGGGCUACGCACUUGUUUGCAUGGGCGUGUGCCUGGCGCUGGACCCCCCCUCCUCCGGAGUUGGACUGCUGAGCCAGGACCUCCGCUUGAACACCUCCAGCGACGGGGAGCUCACUACUCGUCCAAUGGGAGAAGCAUCCUUUCCUGGAGGGUCGGGCCGUGGGGCUGCUUGCAGGCUCGAAUGGGGAGCUCACCCCCCAUGUUCAGAUCCAAGGCCUGGGAGUCUCACGCUUCCCCAGGAGGGCCGCCUCCUAUUGGUCAGCCUGCAGGAGGCAGUGACCUUCAGGGACGUGGCCGUGAACUUUGACCAGGAGGAGUGGGGCUAUCUGGGUCCUGCUCAGAAGGAGCUAUACCGGGAGGUCAUGUUGGAGAACUACAGGAACCUGGCCUGGCUGGGGCUUCUGGAUCCCAAACCAGACCUGGUCUUCUGGUUGGCACAAGAAGAGCCACAGCCAUGGGGUGUGCAGCAAGGGGCCUCCCGAAGAGCCCAAGCACACAGAGGAGGAUGUUCGAGCAGGGAGCCGGUAGCCAGUGCAUGGAGCAGCCCAGCUACCUCCAAGGGAUGGGAUGGGGCAGCCUGGGAUAUUAAACUUGAGAAUGAGGAGUCAGCUCAAAAGCAAGAAGGAAUAGGAUCACCUAGGAACUUUGUGAAAAAACUCAGGGGAAGUGUUCCUGAGAACCAUCUGUUAGGGGAGGUUCCGAUCCAAGAGAUUAGUGUGUGGAAGCACAUUGCAAGCCUUAUGGUGGACCCUCCAGGGAAAUUCAUGUUACAGGAAAGAGGUUUUAGCCCACUGUCUUUUCUCCACAAGAAAAUCUGUAAUCAGCAAGGAAUCCAUGCCUGUAUUGAUCUUGAGAAAAGCUUUGGUCAAAAUAUCUGCUGGCCCACAAGACCAUGGAAUUAUAAAGUAUAUGAGAAUCUCUCUCAUUACCACACAGCCCUCAUUCAACACCAGAGACUAAGUAGGGGAGAAAAACCUUAUGAUUUUGAGCAAUGUGAAAAGGCCUCAAGUCUCACCCAACAUAAGAGGAUUCAGUGUGGAGAGAAACUUUACGAGUGUAAGGAAUGUGGGAAGAGUUUCAAACGAAGCUCACACCUUAUUCAACACCAGAGAAUUCACAGUGGAGAGAAGUCUUAUAAAUGUAAUGAAUGUGGGACAGCCUUUAGUCAGAACUCACAUCUUAUUAGACAUCAGAGAAUUCACACUGGAGAAAAACCUUAUCAUUGUAAAGAAUGUGGGAAGGCCUUCAGCAGGAGCUCACAUCUUAUUCAGCACCAGAGAAUUCACACUGGAGAGAAACCUUAUGAAUGUAAGGAAUGUGGAAAGGCUUUUAGCCGGAGCUCAGCCCUGACUCAACACCAGAGACUUCACAGUGGUGAGAAACCUUAUAAAUGUAAAGAAUGUGGGAAGGCCUUCAGCUGGAGCUCAGCCCUUACUAAUCAUCAAAGAAUUCACACUGGAGAAAAACCUUAUAAAUGUAAGGAAUGUGGGAAAGCCUUCAGCUUUAGUUCACUCCUGACUAAACAUCAUAGAAUUCAUACUGGAGAAAAACCCUAUGAAUGUAAGGAAUGUGGGAAGGCCUUUAGUCAGAGCUCAGCUCUUAUUAAACAUGAAAGAAUUCAUAGUGGAGAGAAACCUUAUGAAUGUAAGGAAUGUGGUACAUCUUUUAGCUGGAGCUCAGCCCUUAUUCAACAUUACAGAAUUCAUACUGGUGAGAAACCUUAUGUAUGCAAGCAGUGUGGGAAGGCCUUCAGCCAAAGUUCAGCCCUUAUUAAACAUAAAAGAAUUCACAGUAGAGAGAAGCCCUAUGAAUAUAAAAAAUGUGGGGCAACUUUCCAUUGGAGCUCAGCUCUUAUUCAACACCAGCAAAUUCACACUGAAGAGAAAGCUUAAAAAUGAUGAAAGAUAAAAGCCUUCAGCCACAACUCAUCCCUUAUUCAGGAAAGAAUUUUUAGAGGAGAAAUACCCCUAUGUAAGUGAGGAGUAUAGAAAGCCCUUCAUAUAAAGCUUAAACCUUAUUUGACAUCAGAGAAUUAAUACUUUAGGAAAACUGAAUUCCAUGAAUGUUGAAAGGCCUUUAAUCAGAGGAAGACUCUCACUCCAUCAGAUCAUUCAUUCACGAGGGAGAUGUAACAAAAAGCCUUCAGUGUGACUGAUGAGGUUUAAUUGCACAUCAAUUCAUCCUGGGCAAUAACCCCAAGAGGGCAGAAAAUUUGGGAAAGCCUUCAGGUGAAAAAUCUAGCUGGACUUCACCACCCAUGAAGUCAUCCUGGAGGGAAUUACUACUAAUGUAAAAAAAUGUGGGAAAGGACAAAGGGACUCUCUCUAAACCUAAUUCCACAUUAUAACCUUGAAACAGUAAGAAACAACACAUUUUUAAAAAAUGUAAUAUAGGAAAGCAAGGAAAGAAACCAUUAUCAAGAAAACUUUGCAGAAAAGCCAGCAGAGAGGCCAAACUAAUGAAUAAAUAAAAAGAAGUAUUCUACCAUGAGAAAAGAAAGCAAUAAAAAAUCCCCAGAAGAAAGGAAUGAUACUGCUAAAGCAUUAUCUACAAAAAUGAGAAUAGAAUGACCAGAGUGGAUGAGAAUCUUAUUAAAAUAAAGAAGAUGUACGGAGAAAACUUGGAGCUCCUAAAAAAGAAUUUCAAAAGAUAAACAGAACUGACUGUAUAGAAUAAAAGGUUGAAAAUGUUAAUAAAGAAAUUGAUGCUAAGAAAAGAGAGCAGCAGGAAAAUACAAAAAUGCUAAGAUGUAGCAAGAAGUAUUAGGACAAAGGUAAAAGACAGCAAACUUGGAAAAACAAGUGAGAACUCCAUAGGAUAAGGCAGAUGUGCUCAGAGACAGAGCUUGGCGAACCAGUCUGAAAAUCAUUGCACCUUGUACCCUGAAACAAAGACCCUAAAAACUAUAUUUCUAGAAAUCAUACAAAGCAAUUGCCUGGAAAUAUUGGAAUUAUGAGUCCACAGGAAAUUGUCAAAGAGGAACCUCCCCUCUUCCCCAUUCCUGCUACCAUUUUAACUUAUCGAGAAAUAUGGUCAAAAAGGUCAAGUGCUUCAGAGUUGACAAAAGAGACUUGCAAACAGCCAGGAAGAGAUGGUUCAUGUAUCAAGGAGCCCUGUUCCUUGAAGACUAGUCUUUGAUGAUGGACAAAAAGAUCUGCUGUCCCUGCAUCUCGCCCUCUACCUCGGAAGGAUGAAGGCAGCUUGGGUCCGACUGGCCAGCGCUCGGACCAUCUUGGUGCCUCUUUUGUGAAGCGGUGACUGAGGAGACCCCCGGACUCGCCAUGGCCGAUGAAAAGCGGAAGGAAGGAGUCUCCUGAAAACGACGAUCACGGGGUGCAGCUAGGUGGCGCAGUGGAUAAGGCACCAGCCUUGGAUUCAAAAGGACCUGAGUUCAAACCCAGCCUCAGACACUUACUAGCUGUGUGACCCGGGGCAAGUCACUUAACCCCCAUUGCCUGCCCCCCAAACAAUGGUUCGGUGCAAUUUAAGAUUAAGAGGCACACACCACUUAAUAAACUAAUGAAAGCCUAUUGUGAACGACAGGGCUUGUCAAUGAGGCAGAUCAGACUCCGAUGGGAUGGGCAACUAAUCAAUGAAACAGACACACCUGCACAGCUGGAAACGGAGGAUGAAGAUCCAAUGGAUGUAUUCCCGCAGCAGACA